UCUGUGAUUCCGCAGAUCACGACGAGGAUGUACGACGAAGAGUUUCUUGUCGGCGUUAUAUACAUUACUGAAGGGUUCUUCUAACGAAGACCAACAUUAUUGGUAGCAUCACCACACUCUUUUGUACCAUCGCUCGCAGAUUUGCAUUCAGUGCCCUCAGUUAUGCUGCUCUUCGCUUUCACAUCCCUUGUGGGCUUAGCUGUACCCGACUAUGUCCGCCCAUACAUCGUGCGCGCGUACGCACUGGACGGGUAUCGUGUUGGAUCUCAAGUCUACCGCUUCCCGGUGACCGGUCCUUCCUCGGACUACGCCUUCACACUGAUCAGCACUGCUGCUCCUGCUAGCACGAGUCUUGGUGUGCUCCCUCAUACCCAUGCUAUCCAUUACGAGAACUUCUACUGCCUCAAGGGCCGGUACGCUCUCUGGGCCAGUAGAGACAACGUCACAUCAGGACGCAUCCUGACACCCGGUGACUAUGGUGCUGUUCCCCAUGACACAACUCACACCUUCCAGCUCCUCGAUCCAUUCGUCGAGCUCGUUGGCGUUAUCCAGCCCGGUGGCUUUGAAGACCUCUUCUACUUCCUCGCAAGCGCCAACUACACAUCCUCCACCGACUCCCCUUUCCCGCAAGGCAACUUCUCCGACCCCGGCGGCGACUCCGAACUGAUCACCAAACUCGAGAGCUAUGAUGUAUACGCCAAGCUGACUUUCAGCCCGCCAAUGGACUUCGGCGCGAAUGGUGCCACAGAGGAGGAUGCGAUUUGGCACAACGGUGCCAACGAGCUCGGUAAGGAUGCCCAGACGCCGUUCUUUGUUGCGAAAGGAUACGGACCCAAGUAUCUCGCUGGUGACAAGGAAUCUUCGUACGCCAUUGUCGAGCCUUUCAUCACAAGUCAGCAGUCUGAUGGCAACUUCACCGAGGGCACGAUUACUUUGUCGAAACCUGUUGCCGGAUCUAAGCCUGCGACAUACUCCCUGCCCGGUCACACGGCGCUCGAGGUAGUUGACGGGCUUGUCAGCGUGAAGGUUGGUGGCUUUGAGGGAAGCACAACACUGUCAGUCGGUGACGUUGUCUUUGUGCCUGCGAACACAACUUUCAGCUUCUGGGGCGAGUCUGUGUACUCAAAGGUUCUGUAUGUCGGUGCUGGAGAGGACACGGUCGAUGCUAGGAUCAGGAAGGAUGCCCAGGUGUGGAAUUCGGCUACAUGGCCGCAGUAAGCCCUCAGUCAGCUAGGAGGUUUUCGUAUUGAUUGCUGUAAUUAUAUAGCAUCCUGUGACUGCUUAGGUACUGCAGGUCCAGUGCGGGAUUGGCGUCAGCCGCGGCGUACGAAGGAGUAGGAUCGUGUCAUUUGUGUGCGGAUAUCUCAUACUUGAAAGCUGCGAGCAGUUAAGCCCAUCCUUCUUCGUGCAAUACUUGGCGUUUACUUCUGCAAUCUUGGCCUUGGCGAUGCA